AUGUCACUAAUAACAUCAUUGGGAUCAUGGUCAUCCAUCUCCGAUUUGCCAGCUGAUAAGAUCACUGAGAUUGACCAGCCAGCUAGGUUGAUUUGGCUAUUCCUUUCUAUUGAAAAGGAGUUAGCUGUUUGCACAAGUCACCUUCUUCUAGGCUUUGAGUCACCCUAUUCUAAGCUCUGCUGUGUUUGUGUACAAUGA